AUGACAGAUGAUUCAUUGAAUCUACCUUAUAGGAAAUCAAUUGAUUCUAGUAGUAUAAAUUUAAAUGAUGAUUUGGCAGCACCAUCUGAAAUUUCAUCCAAUUCAGUAGUAUCUACAGGUAACAACAACAUAUCAGUUUCACACAAUAAUAAUCUCCGUGUACAGCAUAGAAGAACAGGGUCCACUGUAUCUUUUUCCAGAACAAGUAUAGAUAAUGAAAGUUUCAUUCUGUCAAGCACUUAUUUCAAUAAUAUAAACCCUGAUGAUUCAAGAGAUGAUAUUUAUUCUCCUUUGGGUCCUAAUUCAAUUUAUGCAUUAACGAUCGGGUCGGAUAUUUCUCGUGCAAGAAAACAUCGAGCUCCAAAAACCUCAGUAACUUUGAAUGGUGGUUCAACCACUGUUAAUAAUAUUAAUAUUCCUACUACUAAAGAAAUCCCUCAGAUUCAAUUGGUUAAAUUAAAACAAAAGGUUUCAAGUAAAACUUUAGACGAAAAAUAUGUCAAAAAUUCAUUAAAUGAUUAUAAAAAGUUUGAAUCUAGUUAUAAUUUAUUAACAGAAGAUGUAUUACAGAAAUUAUCUCAAAGUGGUAAUAACAAUAAUAGAAAAUCAAGUAUUUCGGUGUCUUCAUCUCUUGAUGAUAUAACAGAAACAUUAAUUACUCUGAUUGAUGAAGUUCCCAAAGUAUUUCGAGAUCCCAAUUUCAGAUUAGAUGAUCCAAGAAUAUUCAAACAAGUUUUGGAAGGAUCCAAAAUAUCACUAGAUGAAAAUGACGAUAGUCUGAAUGUUAUUAAUAACACUGAUCUACAAGAAAAGUUGUCAAAUUAUUUGGACAUUGUUGAAGUUAAUUUAGUUGAUGAAAUUGCCAAGUCCUCUGAUUCAUUUUUCAAUACCAUUGGAGAUCUUGAAAAUAUUCAAAAAAAGUCCUCCCAGUGUGUUGAUAAUUAUCAACUUCUUAUGGAUAAAAUAAACCAAUUGGAAACCAACCAGUCUCAAAAAGGGGUCGAGAUAAUUAAUAAAAUGAUUGAAAGACAAAAUAUAGAAACUUUCGAACAAUCAUUGUUACAGAUCCAAUACAUUACAUCAUUUUUCCAAUUGGCAAACAAAUCGUUUACACAUGGGAAUUAUUCCAAAUGUUUAAUAGAAAUAGUGGCAAUCGAGAAUUUAUUACAUGGAGUAAAUCGAAAGGAGAUUGUAGAUGAAGAUAUCAAAGCUAUUUAUCCAAAGCUAAAAACAGUCGACUUGUCAAAUUUACCUGCAUUAGUACAUUUACAGAAUGAUCUACUUAAUCUUAAACGUGAAUGUGCCAAGGGAUAUAUCGAUAGUUUUGUCAACUUAUUGAUUGAAGACUUGAAAGGCCACUAUAAUAGUGUUUCAACAAGAGAAACACUCAACAGAUUAUAUACCAAAAGAGAUAUCACAAGGAAGUAUACCUCAAAUCCAACAAAUACAACUUAUAUCAAUAUCUCCGACGCUACAAAGGAUUCAUUACGCGGGUUUGUCAAAGACUUGGCUAAAGCAGGGUCUUUAGUACAAGCUUAUAAUGCGUACCAGAGUCAAUUCAUUACUCAAAUUAAAGAGAUUAUUAAACUGAACUUACCAGUACUGAGACUGACAGAUAUGUCCAAUAGUUCGUCUAGAGCAUCUCCUAUUCCAAGAACCGAUUCCCCAACCCCAGCAAAUGUUCUUAGUAAUAGCAUUAAGACUUUAAGUGCACCAGAUUUUGAAAGAAUGAUUUCCAAAACUUAUGCUCAAUUGUCAGAAUGUUUAAGAAGAUUGACUGUACAUCAGAAGUUGUUAUUAGAUCUUGCAUUAACCAGUAUUCCAGAAACAGCAGAAAUUGACAUCAUGUCAUUGGAUAUUAGUCGAGCUAUAAGAAAAGGUGUCGAGUUGACACAAAUUAGAUUGAUGAAGGUCAUGAAUGUGAGAUAUAUUGAAACUGCGACGAUUGAUGCUCCAUCUUACAUUAGAUUGUAUUCCAUUACUUCAGCAUACUUGAAUGAAUGUGAAAUGAUAUAUCCUGAUAGUGGUAACGGAAAUGCAUUAAAUGAAUGGUAUACCAGUCAUGUAAACUUCUUUAUUCAAAAAGCGCAAGAAGCUUCAAUUAGAGAUAUGGAGUUAGGCGUAGCUAAAGAAAGAUGGAAUGUUGCUGAAAAUGUACUUCCAGCCCAAAGCACUUUGAAUAUGCUUCUUGGAGCCGAAGCUUGGUGGUUGAAAUAUUCUGAUUUUUAUGACGAUGGUACCAUUAAAGAAUCACCAGCUCCGAUUGAUGAUGAAAUCAAGAGUUCUAAAAUUAUUAUUGAUGCUAAUGAAUACAUUGUCCCAAGUUUGGUUCUUACAGUGUUUGAGAAUGUGUUUAGUUAUACCCUCAUCCUGAAGACAUUUACAAAUCGUGAUAUUCUUACAAAUUACACAAACUAUUUUAAGAUUUUGAAUAGUAGGUGUUAUCAAGCAGUUUUGGGUACAAAUGCUAUUAAUACAGCAGGGUUAAAACAUAUCAGUUUGAAGAAUUUAUGUAUUUGUUUAAACUUGGUUGAGUUUUUAUUUGAAUUUUUGCAUGCUUUUGACAUAUUCAGAAUUCCAGAAGAAUUACUCACAAUGUUUCAACAACAUCAAAAUGAUUUAGAGACUAAGAUAAGUACAAUUAUUAAAGAUCAAGAUUUGAAUAAAGUAUCAAGAAUUUUGAAAACUUACUUGUCUUUGGAAAAAGCUGAGAGUAUUUUAGCUAAGAUUGAAAGUGACAGAAAGACUAAAGAGGAAGCCGAAAGAGAGAUACAGAAGAAGAUCCAAGAAGAACAAGAGAAGCAGAGAAAAUUAGAAGAAGAACAAGAGAAGCAGAGGAAGAUCAAAGAAGAGGAAGAAAAACAGAGAAAGUUGGAAGAGGAGGAAAAACAGAGAAAGUUGGAAGAGGAGGAAAACCAGAGAAAGCUUAAGGAAGAAGAGGAAGAAAAGGAGAAGCAAAUGAAGCUAGAAGAAGAAAAGGAGAAGCAAAUGAAGCUAGAAGAAGAAAAGAAGUUAGAAGAAGAAAAGCAGAGAAAACUCGAAGAACAAAGAAGACUUGAAGAAGAGGAAGAAAAGGAAAGACAACAGAAACUUGAAGAGGAGGAGAAACAAAAGAAGAUCGAAGAAGAGAAUUCAUCAAAGGAUGCUCGUAAUGAGACUGAAAAUGAAGAAAAAACAGCAAGUAAUCAAGUCAAUGAAGAAGAAACGAACAAGGUUCAUGAAUCGGUUGAAGCUGAGUUGAAAGAAUCGGACAAUUCUGAAGAGUCAAAUAAUAUAUCUAACAAGAAAGAAGAGGAGUCUGAAGGAAAAGAGAAAGAAAAUAUAUCUCCUAACGAACAAGAUGUGAAUACCGUGGUAAAGGAAGACAAUGAACCCAUAGACGUUAAAACUGUUCCUGAAAAUGGUAGUAAACAUGAAGUUAGUAAUGAUGACGAAACUUCUAAUGAAAAAGAAACCUCUGAUAGCACCAAAACUGAGGAUAAUAAUGAACCAGUAGAAGAAGUAGUUGUCAAAGAAGAGGAAGAAUCCAAUGGUGAAUAA